CAGAGGACCAUGUAGGGUGGGCUUCCCGGACUGGGGUUCCCUUCAAGGCAGUGAGGGCUCUCCUGUGAUCCUAAGGCGCGGGGAAUCAGGCCCGCGGUGACCCUUUCUCUGUGUCCUGCUCCAGAACCACGGCAGACGCAGCUGGCUCCAGAGACAUGGGGAGGGCCGGCUUCGUCGCCUGAGCCCGUCCAGGAGCUCCCUGAGACCCCUGUGCUGGAGCGACGGCCGGUGUCACCUGCUUCCGCCCCUGCAGAGCCGGAGGAUGUCCCAGCAGUGGCCUCAGCCCAGGGGCCAGGCCCUGAGCUGGAGCCCCAUGAGCCCUCGGGCCUGGGGCCCAGGGCACUUGCUGGAAUGGCACCAGGUGUGGCAGAGCCAGGUCCAGGUCCAGAGCCCACCGGCCCCUGUGCUGCGAGCCCCUGGGACAUCCCAGGACUGGUCUCAGGCCCCGAGCUGGAGCCCCGUGAGUCCUCGGGUGCGGGGCCCGUGUCACCUGCAGGAAUGGCACAGGGCCUGGCAGAGCCAGAGGUGGUCCUGGAGCCCACCAGCCCCUGUGCCGUGAGCACCCGGGAUUUGCCGAGGGAGAGGGUGCGGACCAUCCUGGCGUUUGCCCCACGCCUGGUGGCCGAGCAGCUGACCCUGAUGUGUGCGGAGCUGUACAGUAGGGUUGAAUGUGGUGAAUGCAAGGUCUACGUAGAGAGACAACCACUGAGGGAAGCCAUUGUGCUCCUGGCCCCCAACAUCCUUAACGUCAUCAGGCAGUUUGGUACCACGUUUCAUUGGGUCAUCUCCUCCUGCCUGAGGGCCCCGAGCAGGAUGGCCCAGGACAGGGCCCGAGUGGUGGAAUUCUGGAUCCAGGUGGCCAAGGAGUGUCUGGCUCUCAGAAAUUUCGAGUCCUUCCGUGCCAUCAUCUUCGCCCUGCAGCGCCCUCCUGUACGUCGCCUGGAGAGCACCUGGGCACAUGUUUCCUGGAAGAGCUCCUGGAUCUACAAAAAACUUAAAAAGAGGAACAAGGGGCUUAAAGGGAAGCAGCUCCUCAAGGAGGCGAGGGCCAUGUUGAGGCGAUGGCCGCCGUCCCCCAGGGCAUCCCAGGAUAUGAAGACGCAGGGCAUGAUCCCGCCGCUCGGACUGAUCCUGUACGAAGCCUUAGAGAAACAACAGGAACAUCAUGUGGACGUCACUGACUUCCUAGAGGAGAUCGUCAUAUACAGGUUCCUGGCCAGGCAGUAUGACCUGGAGCCCAAGGAGCACUUCCUGUCCUUUUUCCAGAGACUGAAGCUCCUGCGUGAGGAGCAGAGCUACGGCCUGUCCUACCACCUGGAGCCCCCAGGUCAGAGGGCAGGCAGAAAAGGACUGUUAAAGUUCUUCAGGUCCCUCAAGAUUUAAACUUACGGGCCA